UCCAAACCGAGGCCAUCGGCGCUCUUUUCAAACCUCUUUACCGCGGAAACAUGUUAACUCAACAGUUGUUGAUUAUUAAACUUGACCGGAGAACAAAAUGUAAAGCCAUGAGGACUAUCAUAAUGCCAUAAAGAAUCUGGGGCAAGCGAGACGUUUGUGUCGCUGAUGUAGAACCAGUUUAGUCAGGCUAGCUGUCCGAUAAUCAGUCUGUCUAAGAGCAAGUGCCACAUCGCAGCCAUGAACAACAUCGCAGAGAGGAAAUUCGUCAACUUGAGGAAGCGUCUGGAUCAGCUGGGCUACCGACAGCCGCUGGGCAUCGAGUCACUGCCGCUGGUGGAGAAACUGUUCAGUGACCUGGUCCACACAACAGAAAGCCUGCGCAAUGCCAAACUGUCAGCAGGGAAAACUGAGAAAGAAAGUCGAAACUUUGACGCUCUCCUGGAGCCGUACAGGGCCGAGAAUGCCCGGGUCAUCAGGGAGAACAACGAGCUGCACCAGGAGCUUCUCAAACUGAAGGAGGACAAGGACCGUGUCACCAGAGAGCUCAAGACCCACAUCAGAAAACUGGACCACGAGACAUCUGACCUGAAGUUUUUAAAUAAUCAGUAUGUGCACAAGGUUCGCUGCUUGGAGAAGGAUAGCAAGGCGAAAGCUGAGCGCAUCCAACAGCUGCAGGAGAAGAACAUGCAAGCUGUGGUGCAAACACCAGGUGGAAAGAAGCGCAGCAUCCCUUUCAGACGUCAAAGAAUGCAGAUUGAUGAGCUCAUACCUCCCUCCUCUACGUCAGCGUAUCCCGUGUCGCAGCCCGAUGACCCGUACAUAGCUGACCUCCUGCAGCUGGCAGACGGAAGAAUCCAUGAGCUACAGGAAGACGUCAUAAAGGUCAAACUAGACCUGGAAAAUGCUGAAGAAUGUAUAAAACACUUAAAUAUACAGGUGGAGGAGAGGGACAAAGAGAUCGAGCGCCUGAAUCGGGCUCUUCAGGGAGGACGACCUCAUGAUGUCAUUUCCCUCGAGGCUCAGAACAUCAGCAACGAGAAACUGAUCGCCCACCUUAACCUUCAGAUUGAGUACCUGCAGGAGACCAACAGGACCCUGGAGGAGAGGAUCGAAGGACUGCAGCAAAAGAAGAAGGAUGCCUCCACUGAGGUGGCCAAUCUGUCUUUAAAGAACCUGGAACUGUGUGAAGAGCUGACGCACAUAGACGAUCUCGCCAAGCGGCUGGAGAUGGACAAGGAGCGUGUGUUGGAAACUGCUGACAUGGAGCUGCAAGAAACUAAAAUAGAAAUUGAAAGGCAACAGAAAGUCAUCGAAGAAUUGGAGGAUGUUAUCACCAAAGUAAGAAGGGAGCAGUCUGAAGGUGACUAUGAAAAAGACCGUCUCAGAGACCAACUGGUGGAGCUCAAAGAGCAGAAUGAGAAAAUGGAGGGACUAGUGAAUUUCCUGGAGGAGGAGAAAACCAGGCUGCAGAACAAAAUGGAGAAAAUGAUGGCAGCUGACAAAGACCUGGUUCUGGAGUUGGAGACCAUGCGGGCUAAACAUGGUGUUUGCGGAAGGGAACGCUCCCCAUCACGACUGGAUGCAUUUGUCAAGAGUCUAGAGGAGGAAAGGGAUUACUAUCGCCAUGAAGCAGAGCGAUACAAAAGAGCCAGAGGGUCCGGUGGCCUGGAUUUAAGCCCCAGUCGUAGUCCAAGCAGGGGCAGGAGUCCCUGGUCCAGAGGCGGUGUUGCAGAGACAGAACUGCUCCGUCUAACAAAGGAAAGAGAUGAUCUGAGGGCUGCUCUGUUGGACUUUGAGGGACACAUGGAGGACAUCCAGGACAAUGUGAAGGCCCUCAGCACUGAGAGAGACCAUUUCAAAAUGAUGUUUAAACAAGCUCAGGAAGACCUAAAGCUGGCCCGCAGCGCAGAUACGUCACCUGACCUCUUGAGACUGGAGGAGGAGAUCAAACAGGCAGUAGACAAAAUCCAGCAGAUGAGCGCUGAAAGAGACACACUGAUGGAGAGAUUGAAGCUUGCCCAGACUUCAGCUCUCACAGACAGACGGGGAGAGGAGAGGAGGACUCUCGACCUGGAGAAUGCCGUUAAGAGUUUGGAGCAGGAGAGACUGGACCUGCGCUCACAGGUGUGUCUGCUGAAGGAGAACAGGGAGGCUGUGGAGGAUGAGCUGAAGGUUCGGUCUGCUGCUGUGGUCCAGAAUGCAGAGGAGGUCGCCCAGCAGAGGGCUGAGUGUAAUGCUCUGAGACUGCUGCAGGAGCAGAUGGAGCAGUCGCUGUCUGAUACCCAACACAGGCUGUCUGUGAAGAUGAAUGAGCUGCAUGCUGCUCAUGUGCAGAUUGAGAAUCUGGAGGAGAGAAUAGGGGAGCUGAGUCAGCACGGCUCCAAGCACAAGGAGGAAGUGGCUGUUCUUCAGAAGUCCAUCUCUGCAAUGGAUAGAGAGAAAGAUGCUCUGCAAGAUGAGGUGGAUCAAAAGACUGAAAAACUAGUUGUUCUCCAGGAGGAGAACUUUAAAAAGGAAAAGACCCUUGAAGAUGUGAGACUCACCGUCACAAACAUGGACAAGUCGCUAGCUCAGCUGCAGGGGGCGUUAAACAGCCGUGAGAGGGAGAUAACCAGCCUGAGGAGACAGCUGGAUGCCUGUCAGGAUGAACUGGCUUCACUCAGGAGAGACAAAGAAAUCACAAUCCGAGAGAACCGGAGGCUGCAAGAUGACCUGGCUACAAUGACCCGAGAGAACCAAGCUAUACAUGUGGAGAUGGAGGAGGCUCUGCAUGAGAAGGAUGAGCUGAAGUUGAGGGUCCACUCUUACAUUUCUGAAGUGUCCAGAAUAGAGAAACUUAUGGCCACAAAGGAGCAGGAGAACCGGGACUUGCUGGAUCGUUUCAGGAUGGCCCACUCCGAGGUGGAGGAGCGGGAGCAGAAGUUGCAGCAGGCUGAAGGCCUCAACACAUCCAUCCGCCUGGAGCUGCUCUCUUCAGACACAGAGCGCAGACACCUCCGUGAUACUGUCAGCCACCAGGAGAGAGAAAUCCAACAGCAUAUGCAGGCCCUGCAGGCUUAUGAGGCCCAAGUGUCCUCGCUGGUUCGUGGGAUGUCCCGACUAGAGGAGGAGCUAAACAAAGCCCAGGAGGACAAGGCCACUCUCCUCUCAGAUCUGGCAUCUGUCAGGGAGCUCUGUGUCAAACUGGACUCUAGCAAGGAGCUCACUGCACGUCAGCUCACCUCCAGGAGCAUGGAUCUAGAGAGGGUCACAGGAGAACUGGAGGAUGUUCGGUCAGAAGCAGAGCUACUUAAGAAACAACUGGCCAGCGAGAGGCUGACUGUCCGCAACCUUGAGACCUUACUCUCCAGCAAUCGGCACAAGGAGUUUCAAACCCACCUGACAGCCAGUGAGAGAGAGUCGGAGUUAAAGGUCCUUCGUGAUAGGCUGACCCUGGCUGACAGCAAAACUGCAGAGCAUGCCAGGGAGGUGUCCCAGCUCCGCGGCAAAGUCUCUCAGCUGCAGACGGAGAUGGACAUCUUGAAAAGACAGCUGACCUCUGAACGCUUUGAACGUGAGAGGGCAGUGCAGGAGAUGCGCAGGCAGGGGGUGUCGUUCUCGUCCAUGCAGAGUUCGUUGCCCCUCAGCGUCUCCCCAGAACGCUCCAUCCUCCGAUCUCUUAACCGCUCCUCUGACAGGUCAGCAGACAGAAGUGUCAGCUUCAAGGAUUAACGGAUAAAUGAAGGCAUUGAUGAGGGAGUCAGAGACCACGAGAAGCGUGUGCUCGAAGUCUUGAGUCUGGACGUGAAUUGUGAAAACCUGCAGAAGUCUUGGCAUUAAUUAGCCUGCAGGUUACAUCCAGCCUGAGGCACUCAGACUAAAGCUAAUAACUAACAUUCGACCAGUUGUCCUCUUUUCUAUCCAAAUAGCCAACUUCUCACUGACUCCACUUACAGAACUGGUUUCCUCUCGGUCAGUACAUUACACAGAUAAAAUUAGGAUUCAGCUUUGACAAUGAGUUUCUGAAAUUAAUUUGGUUCUCAACAACUAUAACCUCAUACAUGUAGCAAGAGAAGUGUUCAUUCAGCCCGUGGUUAUGUGUAUUAUGCCUAAUAUUGUGUUAUAUUAUGUUUUUUAAAUGAUGUUUAAAUUAUUAAAUUAUUCAU